UUCCCCACGCAUUUUUCAGUAGAUGUAUGAUCAUGAUGUUUACGCACACAGAAAUCUUGCAAGAGAAGAAUUAGCAGGAAGCUAGGGAGAAAUGGAUCAAACGGAUAUGACAAGGAUCCUGCCCGAAGAGUGCAUCGCCAACAUUAUUUCCAAGACAAGUCCACGCGAUGCAUGUAGAUUGUCGCUGGUUUCUCGAGCCUUCAGAACAGCUGCGGCUUCCAAUCUCGUGUGGGAGAGGCUUCUGCCAUACGAUUAUCAGGAGAUCAUUUCUCGAUCCUCGGUUUCCUCAGCGGCGUCGUCGUCGACCUUGAAUAUGUUGCCCAGGAAGGAUCUUUAUUUCCAUCUUUGCGACAAUCCUACCUUCAUUGGCAACGGUAACAUGACUUUUGCAAUACACAAAUGGAGUGGGAAAAAAUGGUAUAUGCUGGCAGCGAGGGAGUUAUCCAUAGCAUGGGGAGACACUCCACAAUACUGGAAAUGGACUUCUUCAGCUGAUCAGUCACCAGAUUUACCAAAGUUUAGAUUCUCAGAGGUUGCUCAUCUUUUGCGUGUGUGCUGGCUUGAGAUAAAAGGUAGUUUUGAGACUAAAACCUUAUCCCCGAAUACAGCAUAUGGCGCAUACCUUAUUUACACCAUUGGGACCCGUCCCUUCGGGCUUUGCCACCCAGUGAAGGUGUCUCUAAGCAUUGUAAACGAGAUUGAAGGCGAGGCUACCAAUGCUUACCUGCAACCAAUAACAUCGAGAGAUCAUAGACCUCGCGGGCAGGAUGGACGGCUUCCAUGCUUGAGAGAGGACAUGUGGAUGGAGAUUGAGAUUGGGGAGUUCUUCAAUCAUGGCCAAGAUAAUAACGUGUUAGAGAUGCACUUGUGGGAGACUGAAGUUGGUGAAUGGAAAUCUGGCCUUGUUGUCCAUGGCAUUGAGCUUCGGCCAAAAGAAGGGAAAAAAUAAUUCAUUAAGUAGAAUGAAUGGCUGCUUAAUUGUGUUAAGGAUCAUUCCUAUUCCUUCCUUUUUAUUCUCUAGAGUACUGAUCCAGAAUAUUAUAUUGAAGUUGCAUGGUAACCGG